AUGAUUAUCUGGAUCGCAAUUGUUGCCAUCCUCGCUGCAUUCGCAUCAGCGUACCCAGGACUUGUUUCCUUGCCCUCAGACCGGGCCUGCUGGACGACCAACGAGAAUGGUGAAACUACAUACGUAGCUCCCCUGGUUAUCGAUUGUCUCCCCAAUGACACCACCUGCGGUAUCAUGGAAGGUGAAUACAUCAUCUCACUUCGAUCAUCCUACCCAAAAUCUGCGCAUAUCUUCUACCUCUCGUCCCACAUACCUUCCCCAGCACUACGAAACACCAGCAUCGGAUGGUACAGUGAUGACGAAGAUUACAUCAUCAAGAACCUCCGACAUACGGAGAUGGAGAUUAUCAGACGCGAUCCAGGAAUCGACGAGGUUUAUCAACAUUAUUGGUUUCAGGUGGACACUGGAUGGGGGUUGCAAUGCAGGAACCCGAGCUUGACGGGAGAGGAAAAGAGACUUUGUUACAAGAAGCUUCAUAUUCAAGAGUGUGAGGGAUCGUGGCUGAGCGAUGAAGAGAGGAGAGAGUGUUGGGAGGAAUCGUGCAAAUGGAAGGGAUACAAGAUGACGGAAGAGCAAAUCAAGACUUGUGAAGAAGGAGGUAGAAAGGCAUAUGCGGAACAGGGUGCGCUGUGA